AGCCGAAGCCCACUGGGCCCGUGGGCUUUGAUCCAAGAACCAAAGUCACAUCUUUGUUUCACUCGCGAUCGCUUCAGCAGAUCGCUGCAAAGCUGAACUGAGUGAACUCCGUCAAUGGCUCCCGUCGUUCCUCGAUCCGGCGAUGCGAUAUUCGCUAACGUCGAACGCGUUAAUGCGGAGCUGUUUACGUUGACGUACGGUGCGAUUGUGCGUCAGUUGCUCACAGAUCUGGAAGAGGUUGAGGAGGUUAACAAGCAGCUUGAUCAAAUGGGUUAUAAUAUUGGAAUCCGUUUGAUUGAUGAGUUUUUAGCAAAAUCUAAUGUCUCAAGGUGCGUUGAUUUCAGAGAGACUACUGAUGUAAUUGCAAAGGUUGGUUUUAAAAUGUUCCUUGGUGUUACUGCAUCUGUGACCAAUUGGGAUGCGGAUGGGACAUGUUGUAGUAUUGUUUUGGAGGAUAAUCCAUUGGUUGAUUUUGUUGAGCUUCCUGACACCUGCCAAGGUCUGUACUAUUGCAAUAUCUUAAGUGGAGUCAUUAGAGGGGCCUUAGAUAUGGUGUCAAUGAAGACUGAGGUAACUUGGAUCCGUGAUGUGCUUCGGGGUGAUGAUGUGUUUGAGUUGCAGGUAAAACUUCUCAAGCAAGUUCCAGAAGAGUAUCCAUACAAGGAUGAUGAGUGACAUCUCUUUUUAUAGUGUUGUAUACUUGAGGUUUUUAUUACUUAAUCUUUUCCCAAGUUUUAGAUUAUCAUCUUUCUGACUUGUCCUGUGUGUAUUUUGAUGAAACUCUAAAUACAAUAGAAAUCUUCGGUUAAAUCAUAAUGACGGCUUUGACAGCGGGCUGCAAUCUGUCAUGAUUUCUGAGAGCCCUCUAGAUUUUAAGUUGUUUUUAUCAUCUUCCUGAUUAUAUAUUAUUAUGGGCUGGAUACAGAUCUUUUACCCAUUAGAUAAGAAUUGUCAAACACAUUUCAUAAUUCAAAUUGAUUUUUUAAUGACCCC